UGGUCAGCUCUGUAUCAAGACCAAAAAAAACCUUUUGGGUCCUUAGUCAGAGCCAGAGAGAAACCUGGAAAUGGCAUAAAAGGAUGCCUGCUCGCCCUGAGCUGUAUGCAUUGAUAACAUGGUACUUCCUCAAUGAGUUCAAACAGAGCAAACACUCAGUGACGUCCUGCUUGCAUGAAACUGCUUACUUAAUCCUGCCUGCGCUGGUCUUCUUACUUCUGAUAAGCUCUCUCCUGGGCAACCAGACAUCAUAACUACCUCUUCUUACAGCUGUAUAAAAGUUAUAUUCUUUGUGACACUGAUAGCUCUU